UUGUAAACAAACAAGUGUAAAAUUAAAUAAUUUCUAAGCAUAGUAUUCAGCAGGGUUUUAGCUAAAUGUGUACUGGAGGUUGUGUGUAUAAAUGCGGUAUUUGUUGUUUGAUGCUCAGUAUUUGGGCAAUCGUACAAUUGAGUUUAAUGGGAAUAUUUUACAAAAUCGAAGCGACCCCCAUGAUAAAGGACGUCGCAGUGAAAGACUAUACAGACUACGACGAUUUUAUAAAGAAGACGAAGGAAAAUUAUAAAAAUAGCGCACUAAACUGCUGGAUCGGCGCGGGAGUUUACGCUGUCAUGGCCGCGAUAUCUGUCGUCUGCAUCAUAGGCGGCGGCAAGAAGGUGAAGCAAGCAAUGGCGGCGUUCGACGACGACGAAAUAUUCUGCGCACCGCCCGAGGUCGAGCCGGGCCAGCAGAAGAAAGGGAAGAAAUAGAUUGUUUAGUAUUUAUUUAUUGUUAGUCAAUAAAGAUAUUGUUCUUAU